AAUAGUGGAGACUGCAGCCAAACCAGGAGGGUUGGUUUCACCGGUUAAAAUGGAGGGCGAAACACCUCCAAUUCAACCGUCACCGGCGCCGGAGACAGCGAGUUCAUCGGAAGAAAGUGAACAGGAAGACGAAAACGAUCAUGUAAUGAGCGAGAUCCACUUAGGUUGUCCGCCUAAAAUCUCAGGAUCAUUCGUUUCUCACUUCACCUUCUCACUUCCACCAGAUGUUGAGUACAUUGAAGGCAAAUAUGAAUAUGAGGGCUUUGAUGAUUCAAAACUGCGACAGGAAGUAAGCUUGGAUGAUGAUGGUGAUCUUGCUUUACCAAGGCGCAAAAAACCUCUGAAGGACACGUUUGAUGUGGCUAUCCAACACAAUAUCACCUCAUCGAUUCCAAAGGUCGGUUUGCAGGUUUGGAGAGCCGAACUAGUACUCUGUGAUUUUGUUUUGCAUAAGAUGUAUACUUCAUCUGAGUUUAAUGGGAUCGUAGCAGUAGAACUUGGUGCUGGUACAGGCUUGGUCGGUAUGCUGCUUGCACGGGUUGCUAAAUCAGUCUAUCUGACAGAUCACGGGAUCGACAUACUUGAAAACUGUGCUAGCAAUGUUCAUCUCAAUUCUGCAUUGUUACCCUCUAAAACUUCGGUUUAUGUACGGGAACUUGAUUGGAAGGCUUCAUGGCCCCCUACACAAGACAAUUGUGCAUCUUGUGAAAGUUUUGCUUGGAGUCGAUCAGAAUUCGAAGAACUUAAAAAGGCGUCUUUGCUGGUAGCUGCUGAUGUUAUUUACAGUGAUGACCUCACUGAUGCAUUGUUUCAUACUUUAGAGAGAUUAAUGUCAAACGGUUUAAAAAAGGUAUUAUAUUUGGCUCUUGAAAAAAGAUACAAUUUUAGCAUUAAUGAUCUUAAUGUCGUUGCAAAUGGGUAUUCACGUUUUCGAAGUUACGUCAGGGACGAAAUAGAUGAUGCAGAAAACAAUGAGCUUCAAAAUGGAUCUGCAAGUGCCUUUGUGGGAACACGCAUUGAUCUUACAGAGAUCCCUCACUACGCCGUUAAUUACAAUCGAGGACAUGAUUUAGAGCUCUGGAAAAUCAAGUAUAUGAAAGAAGGAAAAAGCUCUAUAGUUUGAACAUGAAUCGGAGUCGGUUUCACUGCGUGAGUUAUCGUUUUCAACUCGUUUACUUAUUAACGAGUAAAUGCAGACCCACAAAACUAGUAUGGGCCGACAAUACCAAAGAACCUGAUGGUACUUGAACCGGUUGAUAUGUUCACUUUGGUCCUAUGCAGUUAAUAUCGCAAUAUAUCACUGAUGAUAUAUCGGUUAUUGGUCCCCUAGUGAGAUAUAGGUUCAAAAUAUUGGUACCGAAAUUAUCGGCGAAAUUGAUCGAUAUUUGACCGAUAUUGAAUCAAUAUCUGACUGAUAUAUCACUGAUUUUCCCGAUAUUAGUACAUUUCUUCUUAGUUCUACCAUUUGUCUUUCUUUCUUCUUA